AUGCCUGGCAUCUUAUAUCAAGGCAGACAGGCAUGGGGAAGGGCAGGACUGGCCAACUUCCGCUCUGCAACCAACAGUUCGCAGCCGACUGGACAUAGCUUGGCCUGGCCGUUGCUCUCCUUUCCCCAGAUCCCCGUAUGGGCUGGUCGCGAUGUCUGUCCAAUUAUACCAGCGAGCGAGGGACGGUUAACUGUUGGAUCCCCGGGAACUCAUUUAAAACGGAGUCUCCAAGGGAAAUUGAACGGCGACUGGAGAAGUUAA